ACUUCCGCUCUGCCUUGCUCUUGUUCCGUAUAUGGCUGCUCUUUCCGCUCUGCCGCUGUUCUGUUGUUCGGGAUGGUCGCUAUUUGGCGGGAGCUCACCGGAUUAAAACCUCUUUAAACCUAGUAACUACAGAUUUUUUCCAUACUAGACAUCAUUUGAACACCAUGGCUGACAGUGAUGAUGAGUACGACCGCCGGCGCAGAGACAAGUUUCGCCGAGAGAGGAGUGACUAUGACCGGUCCAGAGAGAGAGAGGACAGAAGGAGAGAUGACUGGAAUGACCGGCGGCCCUCGGCAAGAGAGUGGGACCGGGGCCGUGAGCGCCGCAGCCGUGGCGAGUACCGCGAUUAUGAGAGAGGAAGACGGGAGAGAUUUUCCCCUCCGCGUCAUGACAUGAGCCCUCAGCAGAAACGUAUGAGGAGAGACUGGGAUGACCAUGGAGGUGACCCUUACCAUGGGGGCUAUGACCUGGGUUACGGAGGUGGAGGUGGACCCAGCUAUGCCCCCCCUCAGCCGUGGGGUCAUCCUGACAUGCAUCUAAUGCAGCCCCAUCAUGGAAUCCCUAUACAGGCCAGACUGGGAAACAUCCAUGAUAUGGAUCUUGGUCCACUUCCUCCUGUGAUGAAGACCUUUAAGGAGUUCCUGCUUUCUCUGGAUGACUCUGUGGAUGAGACGGAGUCGGUCAAACGCUACAACGAGUACAAGAUUGAUUUUAGGCGUCAGCAGAUGCAGGAUUUCUUCCUAGCCCAUAAAGAUGAAGAGUGGUUUCGUUCCAAGUACCACCCGGAUGAAGCCAGCAGGCGUAAAGCAGAAGCACACAGCGCUCUGCAGAACAGGCUUAAUGUCUACAUGUUUCUGAUAGACAACGGCUGGUUUGAUUCCAUCUCUCUGGACAUAGAACGCGCUCAACCAAUCACCAAGAUUUUAGAUGCCGCCGUGAUAAAGAUGGAAGGAGGAGGUGAAAACGAUCUGCGCAUCCUCGAUCAGCCAAAUGAGGAAGAGGAGGAUAGAGAGAGGCUGUCGUCAGGUGGGGCUGGGUCUGAACCUCCCAGACGAGACGAGUCCAAACCAACAGAUGUCGAACGCAAACCUUCGACUGAAAAAGAAAAGGAGGGAGAGGGAAAUGAGGUGGUAGAGAAAGACGCAGGUGCUUCUGCAGCAGGCAGUGAAGGAGAGGAGAAAUCUGAACCAGAACCAGCCGCUCAACCCAUCCCAGAACCUAAGAAGACGGGUAAGAAGAGAAAGAGGAAGCACAGCGGAGACAGUGAAGAUGAAGCCAGCGCAUCAGAAAGCGAAUCUGAUUCGGACUCUGACUCAAACUCGCACUGCUCUGAGAAACCCCCAGAGAGAGAAGGAGAGCCUGAUGAGGUAGAGGAGAAAGAAGAAGAAGAGGAGGAAGAGGGUGAAGCUGCUGAUGCGAAGGAGCAGGUGGACGAGAAGCCGAAGGAAAGAGAGAAAGAAAAAGAGAAGAAGCCCAAAGAUGAUCAGCCUCUGAGACCUCGGCCUCUUCACAGGACGUGCUCCCUCUUCAUGAGAAGCAUAGCUCCUACUAUAUCAAAAGCAGAGAUUGUUGCUCUUUGUCGACGCUAUCCGGGAUUUAUGCGUGUGUGUUUGUCAGAACCGCAGCCAGAGCGCAGGUUUUUUAGACGUUGCUGGGUGACAUUUGAUAGAGGCGUAAACAUCAAAGAGAUCUGCUGGAACCUGCAGAAUAUUCGUCUGCGGGACUGUGAGUUAGCUCCCGGAGUCAAUCGGGACUUGGCACGCCGCGUACGAAACGUCAACGGGAUCACUCAGCACAAGCAGGUGCUCCGAAAUGACAUCAAACUGGCUGCCAAAUUGAUCCAUGCUCUGGACGACAGAGAAAAGCUCUGGAAUCAAAAACCUCGAGGAGAGACACCCACUCUGGAGCUUCCUGCUCAAAAUCCCAUUCUGAAGAACAUCACUGAUUACCUCAUUGAGGAAGUGAGUGCAGAAGAGGAGGAGCUCCUGGGGAAUGUUGGUGGAGUUGAUUCAGAAGAGGGAACUAAAGAGGGAAAUUCCACGGAGAUUACUGUGGAAAGAGAUGACAAACUUGUCAAGGUUCUGGAUCGUCUGCUCUUCUACCUGCGUAUUGUACACUCUAUUGAUUAUUACAAUUCCUGUGAGUACCCGAGCGAGGACGAGAUGCCGAACCGCUGCGGCAUCAUCCACGUGCGUGGACCUAUCCCUCCGAACCGCAUAUCCCAUAGAGAGGUUGGGGACUGGCAGAAGACAUUUGAAGAAAAACUGUCAUCUCUGUUCAGUGUAAAGGAAACCUUGUCUGAGGAUGAAGCUGCAAAAAUGGGCCGUAAGGACCCAGAACAGGAAGUGGAGAAGUUUGUGUUGGCCAACACGCAGGAGUUGGGCAAGGAUAAGUGGCUUUGUCCACUUAGUGGAAAAAAAUUCAAGGGCCCAGAGUUUGUGAGAAAGCACAUUCUCAACAAACACGGGGAUAAGAUUGAGGAAGUGAAAAAAGAGGUUGUGUUUUUCAACAACUUUCUAAUGGACGCAAAAAGACCCUCGAUCCCAGAGAUGAAGCCUCCCCUCCCUCCUGGACCUGGCCAGGGAGUGCUUUCACCUGGAGCACUUCCAUUUCCACCGCAGGGUCCUCAAGGCCUUAUGGGUUUUGGCCAGCCCCGACCUCCAGUGAUGGGUUACGGAGGUGGUCCACCUUACCCCCCCAACCAGUAUGGAGGUGGUAGAGGUAACUAUGACAACUUUCGUGGACAAGGCGGCUACCCUGGGAAACCAAGAAACAACCGAAUGAUGCGUGGAGAUCCUCGCAAUAUCAUAGAGUAUCGUGAUCUAGACGCUCCAGAUGAUGUGGACUUCUUUUAGAGUUCCUUUUUAUUCUCUGCAUUUUAAUCUUUUUUUAUGAUUAUCUCAGCAUUUCCUUGUAAUGUUAUGUGCAUUCAUUCCAGGAAUUCGCUAUCUCUGUCCUGUGUGUUGUAUAACUGCGUACACUGUUACAGAGUCACCUUGUUGUACUUUUUUUUUGCUUCGAAUAAAAUUUUAAUUUGGAUGUCA